AUGGCUGGAAGAAACGACGCUGCGAUUGCUGCUGCAUUGGAAGCUGUGGCUCAAGCUGUGGGGCAACAGCCUAAUGUUAAUGCGGGUGCUAAUGCUGAAGUUAGGAUGUUGGAGACCUUCUUGAGGAAUCAUCCGCGUACCUUCAAGGGAAGGAGAGAGUUCCUAGAGAGAUACUUUCCGAAAGAUGUUCGAGGGAAGAAAGAGAUUGAGUUUCUUGAGUUGAAACAAGGUGCUAUGUCAGUGACUGAGUAUGUUGCAAAUUGCAGAAUCUAUGAGGAGGAUACUAAGGCUCAUUACAAGGUUGUGAAUGAGAGGAAAGGCAAGUUUCCGCAAAGUCGUCCAAAGCCUUACAGUGCUCCUGCUGAUAAGGGCAAACAAAGAGUUAAUGAUGAGAGGCGGCCCAGCAAGAAAGAUGUUGUUGCUGAGAUUGUUUGCUACACUUGUGGUGAGAAAGGCCAUAAGAGUAAUGCUUGUCCUGGGGAUGUGAAACGGUGUUUUCGUUGUGGUAAGAAGGGGCAUACUCUUGCUGAAUGUAAGCAUGACGAUGUUGUAUGUUUUAACUGCAAUGAAGAAGGUCAUAUUGGUUCGUAA